AUGCAACAAAUCUUUGAUAACAAGAAUUUUAUUCCUAUAGCGAUAGUGGCCUGUAUUAUAGUCGUAGCCUUACAUGUGGUGGGUAUGAUAGGUGCUUACCUGGAGCAUUACGGACUAUCUAUAAGUUACGCUGUUUUACUGACCCUGAGUACAAUAAUCUUGAUUAUCAGCUGCUUCAGAGAUAAAUUCAAUAUAAUCUGGCUCGAUCAAGAUUACAAUGGUGACCGUUUUAUAUGGAAGGCACAGACACAAUUACCUGUUUAA